UUCUUUACUUGUACUUGUACUUGUAGAGCAUCCAGAGUCUAGAGUAAAAUUUAGAAAGAGUUAUAGCUGUUGUUGAUCUUCAAUCUCAUCUGAAAACAUGGUUAGUCGAAGAUUAGCGAUGGCCAACGCGUUCAUGUACACCGUGUUCGAGCUGUUAGCGAGCAUUUUCUCGUCUACGCCAGUGGAUGGAGCCGUAUCGGCCAAUCCGCAUGUAUCGUGUGGAAGUACGAUAAAACUGCUUCACGCGGGUCACGAAAUUCGCUUGCACUCGCACGAAGUCAACUAUGGAUCCGGUAGCGGUCAGCAGUCAGUGACUGGAGUAAAGGCAUCUGAUGACGUCAACAGCUACUGGGUAGUGUACGGUCGUUAUCAGCACCCUUGCACACGCGGGGAGGCAAUCAAAUGUGGUGAUGUGAUUCGUCUGCGGCACACAAAAACCCAGCACUGGUUGCAUAGCCAUCACUUCACAUCACCAUUGUCAAACAACCAGGAAAUUAGCUGCUAUGCUGGUAAUGAAGGUUUAGGAGAUUCAGGUGAUAACUGGCUUGUGCAAUGCACUGGCGGGGAGUGGAUGAAAAAGAAGCUUGUGCAGUUUAAGCAUGUCGACACGGGCAAGCACUUGCAUGCCUCUGGUCAGACGUUUAAUCGACCAAUAGCGGGCCAGUACGAGAUAUCCGCUUGCCAAUCGUGCGGAGGUAUUGACUGGAAAGCCACGGAGGGAGUGUACUUCACAGUGAAGUCAAAGAAGGAGCUGUGAGCACGACCACCAAUUUCACCAGUAUGCCCCCCACAGCUCUACGCACCCAACCAUGAAAAUAAGCCAAUAGGAAAUCUGCUCAAGAAUAUGUUGUACUAUUACUAGCAAAUGAUAAUGUCCAAGUGGCAUCCCGAAAUGGCAAUGCAUGCAUCAAGCUCCGCUCCUACAGUAGUACGACCCACACACUACGUGUACCAAUCAAAAUCAAGUAUCAGCGCGGUUUGCCUUUUUUCCACAGCUGUGUUUAUUGGCUGUACUCAGCUCUCCACUCUGAUCAUGCUAUUACCUGAUCCCAAGACAGAUUGUUGUGAUCUGAGCUAUCACUAAAUCCUAAUUCGAUCAGCAAUCCUAGAUCUAGAUCAUAGGUACAAGCAACUAUGACUAUGUGGAUGACUUCAUUUUUAACUUAUUGUUCCAGCUUUGAUCCUGUUUCUAGUGUCUGCCAGCAUAAUUAUCUACGAGUUCCAAAGUGGUGCUGACCUGUACUAUACGAUUGCCUUUAGCUCAGCUUUAUGCCGGGAGGUAGUUUUUUCCUUCCAAUCUCAUCCCAACCACCAAUAAAGCCAUUUACUUCA